AUGCUGACGGGUGCCGUCCUCCCCUCCGCUGGCUCUGCAUUCCUUGGAGGCUUUGACGUCGUUCAGGAGCAGAGGAAGGUCCGGCGAUUGCUGGGCUUCUGCCCGCAACACGACGCACUCCUCGACCGGCUGACGGUUCGGGAGCACUUGGAGCUUUUUGGUCGCAUCAAGGGCAUUCCGAACCAU